AAAAGGAGAAGGAGGCAGGGGGCUGUCGGGACCCGGCUGUAAUAACAUACGCCGACGUAGCUGUAGAUUCAGCUGUUCGGGCCCUUAAUGGUAUUGGGCUGUGUGUGUGUGUUGCUUUUUUAAUUUUUUUAAAAUUACAAAAUUAUUCGCCUGUAAAGAAAGGUGUUUUUUUUUUACUAAAGCUUGCGAGCUCUUCAAAGCGGAAUCGGCGACAUUGUUAGUACGACAGUAUUAGUUAUUUACUGGCAUCUUCGUGAGUUUUUAUUUCAUUGUAUGGGCUUGCUGAUGGUAGUUACUAGUAGCCUCUGAGACUGUGUAGGCGUCUCGGGGGUAGGGGGGGGAGAGGGGAAAAAAGAGGAAAGACGAGAGCAGUUUGUUUAGGUUUUUUUUAUUUUUUCCCCCCUGAGGAUUGAGAAAAGGGCAUACGGUUCCCGACAAGACCUGUGCCUGUUUCAGGAGUAAUCGUUAGGGAGAGAGUUUUUUUUUUUCUUCUUCUCUCGCUUUGCCAUGAAGGCGAAACGCGGAGCUGUGGAAUAGCACAAAGGAAGGAGGAGAGAGCACGGGGGCUCGGUCUUUGUCUUCCACCGGCGCUCUAGAAUGAAUGACAAGGCGGCGGAACCUCCGAGUGCCCGUGGUAAAUCGGUGCUUCUUCAUGGGCAUUUAUAGGUAGAGUAGUUAGCGGCUGUAGGCGUAGAGUAGAUCUAGUUGGGACACGAUCAGCGUUAAUGCCACAUCUGGGGCUUGCUCUGUUGUUUUUAUCACAGUCCGGAACAUCCCGUAGACUUCUUUUGAGUUGAGACGUGACACGCUUUUCGGAUUCCUGGGGCGGAGAUUCUGAGCAAAAGUGAGAACUUGUGAAUUUGCGUGACAGGCUUACCAGAGCAAUAUGGUAUGUCAUCACGAAACCCCGAUAAUGUGCUGCUAGAUUUUAGAUAAGAGCGCAUCGCCGGCAGUUGAGCAGAGGCCGUUUCUGUCCAUUGUUCUGACUUGACGGACGGACCACAGUUACACGUUGUCAUAAGUUUUUUUUUUUAUGUAUACAAAAGAAUAUUUGUAUUGGAAAGACAGAGACACGAUCCCCUUACAACAGAAUAGGUACAAAGCGUUUUUAAUUUUCAUCUGUUGCUAUUAUGGCCUACAGUUUGGGCUCACAUAGGAUAUUAUGGAGAUACGUUUGCUUGCUCGUCGGCUGCAGCGUCAUCGGAAAUGCAGUUCAUGCGGAUCACAAUGAAAAUGUAUAUGUUCCUGGUAUUUCAAAUGUGUGCGGAGAUGUGGCCGAACAGAUCAGAGCAUCAAGUGGUGUUAUCACAAGUCCCGGCUGGCCCUUUGAGUAUCCGUCUAGAAUCAACUGCAGUUGGAACAUCAGAGCUAACCCAGGAGAGAUCAUCACUAUUAGUUUUCAGGAUUUUGAGAUCCAGAGCUCACGCAGAUGUGGGUCCGACUGGAUUUCUAUAGGGACGUCCAAGAAUCUUGAUGGCUAUCGGGCCUGUGGGUCCUCCAUUCCAGCUCCAUACAUCUCGUCCCAGGACCACGUCUGGAUCAAGUUUCAUUCUGACGACAGCCAAACCGGAAAAGGUUUUAGGCUGUCAUACAUAACAGGAAAAUCGGAAGAGAUCAGCUGUGAUUCCGACCAGUUUCACUGCGCAAAUGGAAAAUGCAUCCCUGAAUCUUGGAAGUGCAACACAAUGGACGAAUGUGGCGAUAACUCAGAUGAAGAGCUGUGCUUGCAACCCAACCCCUCAGCUGCCUUCUCCUUCCAGCCCUGUGCCUUUAACCAGUUUCCUUGUCUUUCUCGCUACACCAGAGUAUACACCUGCCUUCCAGAAUCUUUGAAGUGUGACGGCAGCAUUGACUGCCAGGACUUGGGGGAUGAGAUUGACUGUGAUGUCCCCACUUGCGGGGAGCUGCUUAGAAACUUCUAUGGUACCUUCAGCUCUCCCAACUACCCCGACUUUUACCCACCUGGGAGCAACUGCACCUGGCUCAUUGACACAGGUGACCACCGGAAAGUUAUCUUGCGCUUCAUGGACUUCAAGCUCGACGGCACAGGUUACGGAGACUACGUCAAAGUGUACGACGGGCUGGAGGAGAAUCCUCGGCGCCUGCUGCGGGUUUUGACCGCGUUCGAUUCGAGGGCUCCGGUAGCGGUGGUAUCUUCGUCGGGGCAGAUCCGCGUUCAUUUCUACGCGGACAAGAUCAACGCGGCCCGCGGGUUCAAUGUGACCUACCAGGUGGAUGGCUUCUGCUUGCCCUGGGAGAUCCCUUGUGGGGGGAACUGGGGCUGCUACACGGAGCAGCAGCGCUGCGAUGGCUACUGGCACUGCCCUAAUGGAAGGGACGAGGUGAACUGCAGCACGUGCCAGGAAGACGAGUUCCCCUGCUCCAGGAAUGGCGCGUGCUACCCGCACUCCGACCGCUGCAACUAUCAGAACCGGUGCCCGAAUGGCUCCGAUGAGAAGAACUGCUUUUUCUGCCAGCCGGGGAACUUCCACUGCAAGAACAACCGCUGCGUGUUUGAGAGCUGGGUGUGCGAUGCGCAGGACGACUGUGGGGACAGCAGCGAUGAGGAAAACUGCCCGGUGAUUGUCCCCACUCGGGUGAUCACGGCAGCCGUCAUUGGGAGCCUCAUCUGCGGCCUGCUGCUGGUCAUAGCCCUUGGCUGCACCUGCAAGCUUUAUUCCUUAAGGAUGUUUGAACGCAGAUCGUUCGAGACCCAGUUGUCCAGAGUGGAGGCUGAGCUGCUGAGAAGGGAAGCACCCCCAUCUUAUGGCCAGCUGAUUGCUCAGGGUUUGAUACCUCCAGUAGAGGAUUUCCCUGUGUGUUCGGCAAAUCAGGCAUCCGUUUUGGAAAACCUUAGACUAGCAGUACGUUCCCAGCUUGGAUUCACUUCAAUCCGGCUUCCAACAUCGGGGAGAAAUAGUAACAUCUGGAGACGCCUCUUCAACUUCACAAGGUCUCGCCGCUCGGGAUCGCUGGCCUUGGUGUCUGCAGAUGAAGGUGCUGGCAACAGCAGCACGGCCCAUGAGGCUGAAAGGAUUGGCCCCCAGAGGGGGCUCCUCCCCCUCGAUUCUGAUGACACGGACACGGAAGGCGACAGGCGCGACAUGCCGGGUGCGGUCGGGGGUCUCGUUGCCCCGCUACCUCAGAAGGUUGCGCCGGUGUCGGCGGUGGAGGCCAUCGUCUCGGUCUCGGUGAGCUCGAGCCGGCAAGCGAGCAGGGAUCCUGCGGAGAGCGCGAGGGAAGCCGGGACGGCGGAGCCCCGGUGUGCCGCCCCGGGGAGAAACCAGCUUUCCAGCGCCCUCAGCCGAGUGACCCGCAGUCUCCGCUGGGUCCGUUUCUCGCUGGGCAGAUCCAGCUCGGCCAGCCAGAGCCAGAGCCCCCUGCGACACCUCGACCACGCGAGCGGCGGGAGAGAAGAUGACGACGACGUGGAGCUGCUGAUUCCCGCCUCCGAUGCGGCGUCGGACAGUGACUUGAGUGAGUGUUCUAGGCCUCUGCUAGAACCCACACCAGAGCACGGGCGCGCGCCGGUACAGCCCACAGCACCUCGGGCUCGGCCCCCAAGUAGAGACGGACCCUGUGAACAUUGCGGCAUGGUCCACACAGCUCAGAUUCCCGAUGCCUGCUUGGAAGCCACAGUCAAAACUGAAACAAGUGAUGAUGAGGCAUUGCUGCUUUGUUAGGUACUAUACUAAAAUCUGGGCACGAUAUAACUUUGGGCCCGGUGGAAGCUUGCCAUGUUUUUAUUUUUUGUCUUUGGAUUUAACGUGUUAUAAAACUACGGCGUAAAAGUUGCCUGUAGUUGCAUACUCGUCAGUACGUGUGCUCCCCAAAAUUGUAUGUAUUUUCAAGUUCACUGAAAAGGUGAAGCAAUUAUAAACAUAACCCUUUAGGGAGGAGAUGACGCCACAUUCUUACCUAAGGAGUGUGAAAUGAGAUCUUUUGAAGACUGCACUUCUGAUUUAUGUUAUACAUAAGCAAUGGUCAGCUACAAUUUAAAUGAAGAAUGAAAUGCAACCACAGAACAUGCAGCUUGUCUUCUUUUACUUAAAUGCAUACAUGUAUGGAGAGGUAUAUGUAUGAGGACGUUGAGAACACAAUUGGACACAUUUCACUCCAAAUGACUUAAAAAAAAAGAUCUUAAAAUGAUCUCGGGCCUAAGCAAAGCUUAAUAGUUGAAUUAUUAUAUUGUUUAACCUACUUUUAUUAUUUAAAUGUUGUAUUUAUAUGGUUUUCAGCCUCAAGUAUUGUUUCAAUUUUCAAAAUACACCGCCUGCCUGUAAAGGGGAAUGCACUAACACUGGCUUACCAUUUAAUGGUAACACACUUAUUUGAAUAUUCUCCCCAUUACACACCCUGGAAUGGUACAAAGCUAUUUUUACAUGUGUAAACAUGGAGUUUAGAUUUUUAUUUAUCAAUAAGGACAACAAGUGGGAUAAAGAAUGAUGUGUAACAUUCACUACUGUUUAUUUAUUGUUUCAUUACUGUUUUGGUAAUUAAAUAUUUUGGUACUGAGCGUGUACAAUUUUACUUUUGGUAGAUGUUAUUUGAGAAGCAUGUUAAUGUCUUGUGCAUUUCUGUUAAGUGAUAUGCUGUUAUUAAAAGGUGUUUACUGAAAUGAGAAAAAAUAAAAGUCUAAAUUAUGA